AGCAAACAACAACUAGGCUAUCAUUAUCCAUUAUUCCAUUAUCGUCAUAUCAUCAAAAAUAGCAAUUUAUUUAAUAGAUCAAUGAUCAAUACAGUAGUAAACUUACCUUGCUUAAUAAAAGUUUAGGUAGGUGUCUCUAUAUUGAAAUUAUUGAUAGAAUCAGUUAUUACCUAACUUAGUAGGCUAACUGUUUUGUUACUAACUUUUAUUUAAUAAAAUAAGUUCGCAACUUAAAUUCUGUUUCGGCUAAAUACCGGUAGACCUAAUAUGGAACUAAGCAAGUGGAAUAUCUUCAGCUUACUUGAUUCAAAUUUUAUGGCAAACGUCAAGACUGUAUGUGUGUUUGGCAGCCUGGGAAAUGAAGCGCUGUUAAUUACAAGAGACGAUGAAGUGUUUUCCAUGGGUCCCAACACUGCUGGUUGUUUGGGUCUAGGUAAUCUUCAGAGCACUCUCACACCUCAGAAAAUUGAAGUUUUAUCUGGUAAAAAGGUUGUUGGUUUUAGCUAUGGAAGUGGCCCCCACGUUGUAGCUUUUACGGAAAGUGGAGAACUAUACACAUGGGGCCACAAUGGUUAUUGCGAGCUUGGCAACGGUACGACUAACCAAGUCCUUAUUCCUACUCUGGUCAGCACCAACUUGUUGGGUAAAUUCAUCAUCGAGGUUGCUUGUGGAAGUCAUCACUCAUUGGCUCUUUCUUCUGAUGGGGAAGUGUUUGCUUGGGGCUGGAAUAACUGUGGUCAAGUUGGCUCAGGAUUGUCCACCAACCAGAGUGUACCCAAGCGAGUUCUGUCUUCCAUUGGAGGCAAGAAAGCAGUCAACAUUGCCUGUGGCCAGACCUCCUCAAUUGCUGUUAUUGACAACGGAGAGGUUUAUGCCUGGGGCUACAAUGGAAGUGGUCAACUUGGUAUUGGAAACAGUGUAAAUCAACAAAGCCCCACCAAGGUUACUGGAUUAGCAAACACUGUUAUAGUUAAGGUGGUAUGUGGCUACGCUCACACACUAGCAUUGUCUGACGAAGGAACACUGUAUGCCUGGGGUGCCAACACACACGGACAACUAGCCAGUGGGAACAAGUCCAACUCUUGCAGCCCAACUCCUAUAGCUGCUGACAUUGGCAGAGUUGUGGAGAUAGCAGCAACACAUUAUGGUCAUAUAUCUGCUGCUAUGACUCAGAACUGUACAGUCUAUAUGUGGGGACAGUGUAGAGGCCAGACUGUCUGUGAUCCUACGUCGACCCCCUUCACCUCAUUACACGAGGUGUUUGCUUGCUGUGCCAACCCGGCUGUAUUGUGGCAUCCGGUCACAGUGCGGUGUGAGCGAGGCACGUCCAUCAACGACAGCCUCAAGAUGGCGUUUGAUGACGAGAAGACCAGUGACCUCACUAUCAUGGUUGAGGACAAGCCCAUCUAUGUUCACAAAUCAAUACUCAAGAUACGCUGCGAACACUUCAACAACAUGUUUCAAGAACACUGGGACGCCAAUAGUCAAAAAGUGCUAGAGAUGACACAGUAUUCCUACCCUGUGUACAAAGCUUUUCUUCAGUACUUAUAUACAGAUCAAGUUGAUUUGCCUCCUGAAACUGCACUGAAAUUGUUGGAUUUGGCCAAUUCAUAUUGUGAAUUCCAUCUGAAACAGCGUUGUGAACAGAUCAUAACCCAAGGAAUAACAGUGGAAAACGCAGCAAUGCUCUACUCAACAGCUAUCUCUUACCAGGCUAAAGAGCUGGAGGAUUUCUGUUUCAAAUUCACCCUCAACCACAUGACAGCUGUGAUAAUGUCGCAGGGAUUCUCAGAGUUGGAUGAUGCAAUUGCCAAAGACUUCAUACGCAAGGCUGCUAAGGCUCAAGCUUUUAAAUCAUAAGCAACCCAAUUUCUCAGUGGUUAGGCUUUUUAAGUGUUAUCUAAGAUUUUUAGUUACUGAAGUAGACAUCCCAUCUAUAUGAACCAGCUGUUGCCAAUUCUUUAUUAAAAAAGAGCAUAGUCAAGUGAGCCAGUCACAGAGUGCACUAGUGUCAAAAUUGUAUUAUCAACCUUAUUUUUUGCUGCUGACCAAGUCGAUAACAGUUGCUACAGCUGCCAUACCAUAGCCUAUAUAAGUCAUUCCAUUACAUAUAGUUUAACUUGGUAAAAGAGUUACCUAGUGUAUUUGAUAGAAAUUAUUAAUUUAUAUCAGCACAAUCUGUCCGUGGCUUACACAUCAACAACUUCCAUUUUGAUUGAAAAACCGAUGAAAUUUUUUUAACAAGGGGAUGAUGGGAUGUCUAGUUUAAUCAAUAGUUAGAGGUUUUAUUUGUUUUAAAUGUUUUAUUUUAUGGCUCCAAGUGCAAGACUUAAUGAUGGAAUCUCAGUCUGUGAUAAUUAACUUAUUAUUUAACUUACAUUUCUUACUUGUUUUAUCUACACUUUCCACGUAUUCCCACACAUAUUCCUUGCAACUACUAAACUUCUAACCUAUAGUUUACAUCUCACUGAUAAACAAUAAAAUAUUUUGUUCAAUUGAAAUGAGUGAAAUAUGCUAGAAUGGUCAUUUGGGAGUUAAUAGACAUACAACGAAACAAUUUAUUGCUUAGGGUGCACUUUCACUUACUGUGCUUCAUGAUUAGUUUUUGUGUCCAGCAUACCACACAGUUCAUCUACGCCUUAUACCAGCAUAGUUCUCCUGACUCCCAAGUUUUAGUCAUGGUGUGAAUGGAGGUCUGUCGUGCCUGAUUGGACAAGUAUUGUUUUUAACUUCAAUUUUAAGGUUACAGAAGUGAAGUUUUUACUUUGUUGGCUAUUUUUUAUACAAUUCAUGAUUAUGACGUGUCAAAACAGGAAAAACGUGGUUUCAAUGGAAAACAAUUUUAAGUUUUGAAUAGGUUUUCAUUUGAUGAUUUUUAACAUAGGUAUCAUAUUUUGAAUUUUGUGUUACCCUAUUUAGCCGUUCUGCUACCAGAGAAUCAAAAUCCUACGGAACUUAAUUUGUGUUUUUAAUUUUUAUAUAGUUUUUUAAUGUGGGCUUUCAUAUAAUCUAUAUCAUUUAAAUUGAUCUCUAAUUAAAUUAGGAGUGAGUUGCAUAUUUCCUAAGCGAAGUGACCAUCAUAAUAUAGCAUUUACUUUGGAUAAUAAGACAUUCCUGCAAUAAAGAGAUUACUA